AUGGCUCCUCCAGGUCGACGGAAGCCGUCCUUACUACUUUCUCUCUUUACAUUGUUCAUCCUGUGCUCGUCAGCGUCCGCCGCCGCCGCAGUACUGGGAAUCGACAUCGGCACUAGUUACAUCAAGGCAGGAAUAGCAAACCCUGGCCAUGCCAUCGACGUAGUCCUGACGAAGGAUACGAAGCGAAAAGAAGCGGCUGCCUUGGCGUUCAAGCCGUCACGGACCCAAUCCAACGAUAAAGAUGCCUUCCCAGAACGUCUGUAUGGCUCUGAUGCCAGGUCGCGGUUCCCCGAAGUAGAGCUGGUCGAAAUCCCAAGAGGCGAAUCGAGCAAAGAGGCCACAGUCGGCAUAAAGAGUAAGAGCAUGGGAACGAAGGCAGAGCCGUAUAUGGUGGAAGAAUUGCUAGCCAUGGAGUUGAAGAACAUGCUAGCAAAUGCUGAAGCCGUGGUCGCAAAGGGUGUCUCGGUCAACAACGUUGUCAUCACGUACCCGUCCUUCUACACAGCACAGGAAAAGCGGGCAAUAGAGCUUGCAGCGGAUCUUGCGGGCCUUCGUGUACUGAGUUUGAUCAGCGACGGGGCGGCUGUUGGCUUGCAAUAUGCUACUACCCGCACCUUCGAGAGCGUCAACGAUGGGGCCAAGCCUGAGUAUCAUGUGAUCUACGACAUGGGUGCCGGGUCUACAACUGCUACUGUUCUCAAGUUUCAAGGUCGGACUAUCAAGACAGCUGCUAAGCGCAACCAGACUAUUCAGGAAGUUGUAGCCUUGGGAACCGCCCACGACAGAACGCUUGGCGGAGACAGCCUGACGGAUGUCAUCGUGGCCGAUCUUGUGCAUGAGCUGGUGCAGAGCAAGAAGGCUCAAAGUCUAGGAGUCGAAGUAGGGGCUGUCAGAGAAAGCGGCAAAGCCAUGGCUCGCAUCUGGAAAGAGGCUGAGCGCCUUCGUCAGACGCUAAGCAUCAAUCCCGCAGCAUAUGCAUCGAUGGAGGGAUUGUACCACGAUGACAUUAAUUUCAAGUACAGUGUGACCAGAGAUCGUUUCGAGGAGCUGACGCUCGAUCACGCUGGACGUGUCAAGGGACCACUUGUGUCUGCACUGGAAGCAGCAGGUAUCACUUUGGCUGAGCUGGACUCGGUCAUCUUGCACGGCGGGGCUAUACGAACCCCUUUCGUCCAGAAACAAUUGGAGCUGGCCGUCGGCGAUGCCAAGAAGAUCAGAACCAAUGUAAACGCCGACGAAGCUGCUGUGCUGGGCGCCACCUUCCAGGCAGCCGCCGUCAGUCCCGGCUUCCGUGUCAAAGACAUCCGAGUCCACGACAUCUCUGGAUCUCCGUUUACGUUGAAGUGGACGGUAGAUGGUAAAGAGCGCCAGCAGAAGCUCUUCACUCCUCUGUCACAGAUCGCGACUGAGAAGCAGGUGCCAUUAAAAGUACUCGAAGAUACAAAGUUCGAGUUUGUGCAAGGUGGCGAUGUUGACACCAUCAUCUCAAAUGUGGAAGCCACAAAUCUGACUAAAUCUAUUGCGCAGCUGAAAGAGAAAUAUGGCUGUACACCGUCAAACAUUUCAACUGUAUUCAGAAUAAGGCUCAGUUCACUAGACGGUCUACCAGAAGUGGUUUCGGGGUCUGUGAGCUGUGAAAGCGAUGGAAGCAAAGACGGAGGCGUCCUUGAUAACGUCAAAGGACUGUUUGGCUUCGGAGGCAAGAAAGAGCAGGCGACCUUGAUCGAAGACGUCGAUGAUCCCGCUUCUAUUGUGCCGGAACCUGUCGAUGACCCAACCAGUUCAGCUUCGACCAUUUCAUCGGCGUCUCCUUCCGAGUCAGGUUCAGCACUCUCAGAGGAGUCUGCGACCAAGAGCAGCUCGAAGGAGCCGGCCACUCCUACCCCAUCAGUGGUCGUAAUAAAUCUUGCGCUCAGGUCUUCUCCCUUCGGUCUAAACGCGCCACCAGAGAAGGCGCUGCCACAAGUUCGUCAGCGACUUACUGACUUUGACACUUCAGACCGCAAUAUAGUGCUCCGUGCUGACGCAAAUAAUUUGCUCGAAGCUUUCACUUACGAAGCACGGAACUACCUCGAGGACGACUCUUUCAUUGCUGUCUCCAGCAAGAAGGCAAGGGACAAGCUAGCCGAGGAGCUGUCCGCUGCAUCUGACUGGCUGUACGGCGACGGUGUAGAUGCUAAACUCAAAGACAUCAAGGAAAAGCUCAAGGGCCUUCGUAGUCAAGUUGAUCCGGUGCUGAAGCGAAUCAGCGAGAACAGCAAGCGGGACGAUGCCGUGAAGGCGCUGCAGGACGGUCUCAAGAGUAUGAAAGGCACGAUGGAGAUGGUUGAGAGCAGUGUCAAGAAAGCCGCCGAAGAUGCAGCGGCUAGUGCGAGCUCUGCUAGUGCUGCUGCAAAGGAGUCGCCUUCGUCGACAUCGAGCUCACCCUCGGACGAUCUGGAUGACGAUCCCUACUCCUCCGCCAGUUCUGCGGCAGACCCUAGCGAGACCGAGAGCGACACACCGAUCUUCAAGCCCUAUGAAUACAGCCAGGCUGAUUUAGAUUCGCUGACAAAGGUUCAGGAUAGUGUUCAGAAAUGGCUGGAUGACAAGCUCAAGGCACAAAAGAAGCUCGGCCCAUACGACGAUCCUGCCGUACUGGUCUCAGAACUUGAAGCGAAGGGGAGCGAGGUCCAGAAGGAAGUGACCAACCUGUUGAUGAAGUCGAUCAAGAUGAACGGCCUGCCAAAGAAGCCCAAGGCAGGCAAGAAACCAAAAACCGCAAAGCCCAAGAAGUCGGCCAAGACGACAGCGUCAACGUCUGCUUCCGAGUCAAGCGAGACGGUCUCGACGAAGUCCAUCAAGGACGAGCUAUGA